UAUUUGCGCUGGUAAAUAAAAGAUGAUGCACGCUUAAAAAACAGACAGUCAUUUAUUUUCUUAUUUUUCUUAUUUUAAAAUACAAAGUUCUUGUCCUUUACAAAGGAGUUCGGAAUACUCUAAGGAGUUCGUAACAACUUGAGAAUAGGUUUUGGUGGAUAUCUUUGGAUUCAGUGACUUCCUUUGCCUUUUCCUCGAGAUAUGCUUUCAUAUAACCCCUUAUAGCCUCGGCUAGGACAUUAGCUUUGCACUUGUUGAAGUGUUUAACUGCUUCUUGGUCCUUCAAAAUUAUGUCUACGAAAUUUAUUCCAUCCAUUAUAACCAUAAGGGGGUCCUCAGCAGAGUAUUCUCUUGUAAGUUCUGUCUUGCUCUGUUCUACUCCUAGUCUGAUUUUUUCGAGGCUAGCAGUCGCCCUGGACUUCCUCAUGAUUGGUUUUUUGGGUGUCGAUUUGCAAGGGUGGGAGUUGUCCCGCUUACUGUCUUGGGACUUGUUUGGAGGUGUGAUGUUUAGGUAUUUGCUGAAUAUCUCAGUCUAAAUCAUAUGGAGAUUAUUCCACCUGAAAAACAUAAAAGCUCCAAAGGUUUUUAUUUACCACAUUUUGCUGUGGUGCGCAACGAUAGAAGUACAACAAAAGUACGUAUUGUCUUUGACGCAUCGUGCCCAGGAUCCAACGGUGUUUCUUUAAAUCAAGACUUAUUGGUUGGUCCCACAUUACAGGAUGACUUGAGACAUAUUUUAAUGAGAUGGCGGGCACAUCCUGUAUGUAUUUCUUCUGAUAUUGUGAAGAUGUAUCGUCAAGUUCGUGUAUCUUCAGAAGAUGUUGAUUUUCAGCGUAUUCUUUGGCGUGAAAAUUCUGCUUCUGAGGUACAACAUUAUCGACUUUUGACAGUUACAUUUGGUACAUCGUCAGCUCCAUAUUUAGCAAUUCGCUCAUUACGUCAAGUAGCUUAUGACGAGGGUGUUCAUUUCCCAAUAGCUGCAAAAAAAGUGUUGUCAGACUUUUAUGUUGAUGAUUUGAUGUCAGGAUGUGAAAAUUUUAUAGAAGGUCAACAGCUAUAUACUGAAAUGAAACAAUUGCUUAGAAAAGGAGGGUUUGAAUUACAAAAGUGGACAAGCAAUGAUAAAAAUCUAAUGAAGUGGAUAGAAAACGAAGAAAAACUUGGAGAUAAAAGUAUGAAAGAGCAAAUAAAAGAUAAUAGAAACAGUGAAGACAAUGAUAAUAAAAUUGCAGAGGAAGAGUCUAAGACAGAGACACCAAAGUUUGUUGAUAAAUCUGAUUCGAUUACUAAAAUAUUGGGUCUUACGUGGGACAAAUGUAACGAUACAUUUAAAUAUUUAGUGCAGUUGCCGACAAUUGAAGAGCCAAUCACGAAACGGAAAGUGAUCUCAGAUAUAUCACGUCUCUAUGAUCCAUUAGGUUGGCUUGCUCCAAUUGUAAUAAAAGCUAAGAUUUUUAUUCAAAAACUAUGGACAUCAGGUUUGAAAUGGGAUGAAAAACUUACGCCUCAAUUACUAACCGAAUGGGUCGCAUAUAGAAACGAGCUUUUAUUAAUAAAAAGUUUCGAGAUACCCCGAUGGAUGAACACUCGAAAGGAUGAUACUUCUGUUCAGCUUCAUGGAUUUUGCGAUGCAUCGAGUGAAGCAUAUGCCGCAGUUGUCUAUAUCCGUGUUAUUGAUAAAUGUAGUAAUAUUAAUGUAAACCUUGUUACUUCUAAAACAAAAGUAGCUCCUAUCAAACAACUGUCAAUACCCCGAUUAGAACUUUGUGGGGCAACACUACUUUCUAAAUUAUUAAUAGAGGUAGCUGAUACUUUAGGUAUUCCAAAGCAACACAUUCAUGCGUGGAGUGAUUCUUCAGUUGUACUUGCAUGGCUUAGUAGCCAUCCAAGCCGGUGGAAAGUAUUCGUCGCUAACCGUGUAGCAGAGAUUUUAGGAAGUUUAGACAGAUCUCAAUGGUCUCAUGUCCAAUCAAAAUAUAAUCCUGCGGAUAUUGCAUCGCGUGGAAUUAUGCCGUCUGACAUUUCAAAAAUGAGACUGUGGAAGCAAGGACCAGAUUUUUUGAGAAAGGUAGUCAUAAAUUACAAUGGAGAUGAUAUAACAUAUGAUACAAAUACAGAAGAAAAAGGUAUUAAAAUAUGUCAAGUAUUAACAAGUAUAGAUGAUGAUGUUAUUAUAUGGGAAAGAUUCUCAUCAUUAAGGAGACUUCUAAGAGUUAUAUCGUGGUGCAGGCGAUUUAUUUUGAAAAGCAUUAAUAAAACCAAUGAAGGUCCUCAAUGGCUAACUAAUGUAGAAUUACAACAAACAUUACAUAUAUACGUAAAGCAAUGCCAAGUUCGAAGUUUUUAUGAAGAUAUUGAAAGUAUAACUAAAGGAGGAACAGUUAAAACAAAAAGCAAACUUAAACCGUUAAAUCCUUACCUUGACGAUGAUGGACUUUUACGUGUUGGUGGGCGGUUGGAUAGAACAGCUACUUUCUUGAACGUAAAUAAAAGACAUCCAAUCAUUCUUCCGGCUAAAGCUCAUUUAACAAACUUAAUUAUAAAGGAUACGCACGAACGAACUAUUCACGGGGGUAUUCAAAUUAUGAUCAAUCAUCUUAGAACAAAAUACUGGGUUAUUGACGCUAAAAACCAAGUAAAGCAUUAUAUUCGCAAUUGUGUUAUUUGUAUUCGAUAUGCAAGUCAACGUAGAGAGCAACUGAUGGGACAAUUGCCAACAGCCAGAGUUACACCAAUGAGACCUUUCAAAAGAAGUGGCGUCGACUAUGCUGGUCCUAUUGCUAUAAGAACGUCCAAAGGGCGUGGUCAUCAUGCAUAUAAAGGGUAUAUUUGUUUAUUCAUCUGCAUGGUGACUAGAGCAAUCCAUCUAGAAGUAGUAAGUGACCUUACUGCUCAAGGAUUCAUUGCUGCCUUUAAAAGAUUCGUAGCUAGAAGAGGACAUUGCGCAGAGCUUUUUAGUGAUAAUGGUACAAAUUUUGUGGGUGCAGAACGUGAAUUGAAGUCCUUAUUAUUUGCAGAAAAGUCUAGAUUACUGCCAGAAAUAGCGGAUUGGUUAUCUACAAAUGGUACUGAAUGGCAUUUUAUCCCACCGCAUUCCCCCAACUUUGGAGGACUAUGGGAGGCUGGCGUAAAAUCCACUAAAUAUCACCUUAGACGGAUAAUCGGAACUUCUACACUUACUUUUGAAGAAAUGAGCACUCUCUUAUCUCAAAUUGAGGCUUGUCUUAAUUCGCGUCCAUUAUCAAGCUUAAGCUCAUCGGCUGAUGAUCCCGAGCCUUUAACACCAGGUCACUUCUUGAUUGGGGAGCCAUUAGUACUUGUACCAGAUGCAAACUAUGAAACGUCAAACAUGAGUAGCUUGAAACGAUGGCAGUUUAUGCAACGCAUGGUACAAGAUUUUUGGCGAAGGUGGUCUCAGGAGUAUCUUACACAAUUUUUACAUCGGUACAAAUGGAGUUAUCAAACGCCAGAACCAAAUAUUGGUGAUAUAGUACUAGUAAAGGAAGAUGAUCUUCCCCCUGCGAGAUGGUUGUAUGGAGUUAUAACUCAAAAGCACCCUGGGUUGGAUAAGAUUACGCGUGUUGUUACUUUAAAAUGUAAAGGGAAUAUAAUUAAAAGACCCGUCUCAAAGUUGUGUAUUUUACCUAUAGCUAAAUAGAAAUUUGUGGUAUUUUUUUUAUCAUUUACACUGAUACACAUGCACUUCUAUUAACCUUUUCUUAUGAAUUAGUAGGUUAGUUUCUUUUUGUUAUUUUUACUUUCGUUACAUUUAUGAAGAUUUGAUUUUUGUUAAGUAAAACAUUAAGUUUAAAGAUAGCAUAGUGAAUGUUUUUAACAUCUCAUUCAUUGUUUUAUGGACAUAAUGUCCAUGGUGGGCGGAAUGUCCAAGCAGAAAGUUUUGUUGUAAGUUUAUGGACUCUUUUGAUUUUUGGCAUUGUUCGGUUGCUAUGGUUUUUUAUCUUUGUUAUUAGUUGGUAAGAUGGAGGAAUAAAUUUUUCUUUUUUAGUUCGCCUAGGA